GUUCAUUUGUGCAGCUCGUUGUAAUGUCUUUUAAAAAAAAGAUGUGUACUUUAACUGUUUGAGUGCUGAAUUUUCUUUGCAGAGUGCACUGAUAAUUUGAAUCAUGGUAUGGGCAGCACUGAGCACUUGUUGUCCAUAUUGUUAGGUAUCGCACUUCACUGGCUUGUUGUGGUCUGACUGACUGCCCUAAAAUACCUUGCCAUGGACAGUUAUAGGAUGCUGCCUGAUCUGCUAACUGUUCCCAAGCUGAUUUGAGCAGCUUCACAGCUUCACUACCAGCCUGGUGCAGAUCCCAGGACCAGAUUCUACCACAUCCACACAUUGGGACAAGUAACCUUCUAACCCACACCUCUUUGAAAUCUGGAUGGAAACCAGAGCACCCAAAGAAAACCACAUGGUCACAAGGAGGACAUGCAAACUCCACACAGAUAGCACCCAAGCUUUGCAUACCUAUAAAUUGAUGAUCAUGGGGGAUAUGAAAACCCCAGAUUUCGAUGACCUGCUUGCUGCUUUUGACAUCCCAGAUAUGCAGGUUGAUCCUAAAGCAGCAAUUGAAUCUGCACAUGAUGAGAAUGAAGGACAACUGAAACAAAGUAUUCAAGUGGAUGAUGAUGCUCAGGUUCCCUCUGCGCCUGAUGGGGUAGUAAGUGUUAUUGUAAAAAACAUCCGAACUCUGGACUCAUGCGAGGCUGCAGCCACAGCCACAGAAACCCCAGCUCUCGAUAAAGAAAAUCAUCAUUCUUCAGGAAAUGGCUUGCACAAUGGCUUCCUGAGUGUGUCAGCUUUGGAUGGAUAUUCUAAAGAAUCAAACAGUAAGUCAGUCAGGAGUGAAGGAGCACCAGUGGCCGAAGCUAAAUUAGAUUUGUCCAGAGCCGAGGCCAUUGAAGGCUCUGAAACCGGACUCAAAGAUUCUGCCUUCAGCCAGUUCAGCCCUAUUUCUAGUGCGGAAGAGUUUGAGGAUGACGAUAAAAUAGAAGUUGAUGAUCCUCCACUUGUCAAAGAGGAAAGUCAACCGGUUUUUCAAGCAAAUGUACUUCCGAGCCCACCUGCAGAACGAGAUUGUGAGAAGACAAGGAAGCCAGGAGGGGAAAACAUGGUCAAACCAGAAGUGUCUGCCCCGGAUGCUGAACAGAAGAGUAAAAUAAUGAAAAGCAACAGAGAGGGUGAAAGCUCCAGUGUUAACCCGGGGACUCUUGAGACCUUUAAAGCCCGAAAUCUGGAUGAGAAGUUGUCUGAUGAGGAUGCUGAAAAGAGCUUUAAGAGUUCCUCUGAAAAGCAGCUUGACAAUAGAACCCUUGAUGGCAAAAGUGUUGAGAAAGCUGGAGUGACUGUUGCUUGCUCUUCAAAUCUUAGGGCCAAAUCCUCUUCCAAACUUUCCUCAUGCAUUGCAGCAAUUGCAGCUUUGAAUGCUAAAAAGGCAGCAGCAGACACCAUCAAGGAGACACAGUCAGUCUCCAGGGGCCCUUCUCCAGUUUUAAAAGAAUCCAGAGAAAGCCCAAGAGUCACUGAGAAAUCUCCUGAGGGCCCUCAGAGCCCGAUGGAAGUGGUGAAGAAAGCCUCCAUCAAGCAGCCUGAUAGCCCUCGGAGUGUGUCCAGUGAAAGUAGCAUGAAAGGGUCCCCUUCUUCUCCUGCUAGCUCACCGCCUGCCAUCCCCAAGGUCCGCAUCAAGACUAUCAAAACGUCGUCUGGUGAAAUUACCAGAAUGGUGACCAGAAUCAUGCCGGAAGUUGAGCAAGAGCUUGGUAGAAGAGGACCAGAUCAGGCAAACUCCAUGAUCGUCUCAUCACUUUUGUCAUCUCCUCCUGCAGAGUCUCCUGUGUCUUCGCCUCCCACAACUCCGAUCCAGUCAGCGCUGGUUACAGCUUCUGGUGCAGUAACGUCUCCUGAUGUUGCACAAAAACAGGUUACAAUUAAACCAGUUGCCACUGCUUUCCUUCCAGUGUCUGCUGUAAAGACUGCAGGAUCACAGGUGAUCAACCUGAAGUUUGCUAACAACACUACAGUCAAAGCCACUGUUAUCUCUGCUGCCUCAGUUCAGAGUGCCAGCAGCGCCAUCCUCAAAGCUGCCAAUGCUAUGCAGCAGCAAACAGUGGUGGUGCCAGCAUCCAGCCUUGUAAAUGCCAAACUCGUGCCAAAGACUGUCCACCUUGCUAACCUGAACCUUCUGCCCCAGUCUGCCCAAACAACAUCGGAACUCCGUCAAGUGCUUUCCAAAACACAACAGCCCAUAAAGCAGACACUAAUCACCACUUCCUCCACCCAGCCUCCAAAAAAAGUUUCAAGGGUUCACGUGGUGGCCCAUUCCCAGAAUGCAGUGGUUGAGACAUUUAACAAGGUGCUGAGCAGUGUAAAUCCAGUUCCUAUCUAUAUGCCCAACCUUACUCCUCCAACUAAUGCUAAUAUCACUAUACCACUCCGUGGUUACAAGUGCUUAGAAUGUGGUGACUCGUUUGCUUUGGAGAAGAGUUUGGCGCAGCAUUAUGACCGGAGAAGUGUGCGGAUUGAAGUGACCUGUAACCACUGUGCAAAGAAUUUAGUGUUCUUCAACAAAUGCAGUCUUCUUUCUCAUGCACGUGGGCAUAAGGACAAGGGUGUGGUAAUGCAGUGCUCCCAUCUAAUUAUGAAACCCAUUCCUGCAGAUCAGAUGAUCAUUCCCAAUUCCGGUUCUAGUGUCUCUUCUACUACUAUAUCUGCGCCGCUCUUGACAACAGCCAGCAGCAGUUCAAGUGCUGUUCCAAAAACUGUUACAAGUAUAACCAGUGCUGUGAUCUCUGCCCCUGCCAGUUCUCCCAUUCUCCCAGCAAUGCCCCUUGAUGAAGAUCCGUCAAAGCUUUCCCGAUAUGGCAUGAAGUGUUUGGAAUGCAGUGAGACAUUCCUGGAUGAGAUUUUGCUUGCCACGCAUUUCCAGAAUGCUGCAGAAGCAGGAGGGCAGACAUGUCAGAUCUGCCAGAUGUUACUUCCCAACAAGUGCAGCUUUUCAUCGCACUUAAGAAUACAUCAACACAAAUCUCCAUACACAUGCCCAGAAUGUGGAGCGAUAUGCAGGUCCUCGCACUUUCAGACUCACGUCACCAGGAACUGCCUGCACUACACUCGCAAAGUGGGAUACCGCUGUAUACAUUGUGGUGUUGUCUAUGCUGACCUAGCUGCACUCAAGUCUCACAUCCAGGGUGCCCACUGUGAGAUCUUCUAUAAGUGCCCUAUCUGCCCUAUGGCUUUCAAGUCGGCACCGAGUACUCAUUCACAUGCCUACACACAGCACCCAGGCAUCAAAAUAGGAGAAGCCAAAAUAAUCUACAAAUGUUCCAUGUGCGACACUGUGUUUACGCAACAAACCUUGUUAUGCAGCCAUUUUGAUCAACAUGUUGCUAAGCAGAAAGUUUCUGUCUUCAAGUGCCCAGAUUGUGCAUUGCUGUAUGCACAGAAACAGCUCAUGGUGGAACACAUUAAGUCUAUGCAUGGAACACUCAAGAGUAUUGAGGGUCCCCCAAAUCUGGGACCUCAGCAGCCAUUGGUCACAAGGCCAAUAACUACAUCAGCCGGACAGAAAAAAGCUGACGGGAAUGCUGUUAAUGGCACUGAUCGACUUGGGAAGAAAACUUCAGCAGUCAUGAGAAAAACUGGGAGCCGGUCAAAAGCAAAUAACCCUGGUUGGAUGUGUCAAGACUGUGAAGAAUGGUUUCCUGAACGAGAGGACUACAUUUCUCACAUGAAGAAAGACCAUGGAAAGCAAAUGAAGAAGCAUCCAUGUCGUCAAUGUGAGAAAUCCUUCAGCUCCUCACACAGUCUAUGUCGACAUAAUCGCAUCAAGCACAAAGGUAUCCGAAAAGUCUACACAUGCUGGAAUUGCCCUGAUUCAAAACGUACAUUCACCAAACGGUUUAUGCUGGAGAAGCACAUUCGACUCAUGCAUGGCAUUAAAAAUCCUGAUGUGUCUCAAAUGACAGAGUCAACAACCAUAGUAGAAUCUCCAAAGAAAGAAGAUAACAAGACUGCAAUACCACCGAAGAGGAAGACAGAAGAUACAGUGGUGGAGAUUCGGCCUCCUCCCAGGGGAGCCAUCACACAGCCGUUGAAGAAACUGAAAAUCAACGUCAUCAAACUCAAUAAAUGUGCCGUGUGUGGCUUCACCACAGAGAAUGUGACUCAGUUCCAAGAACACCUCCCCCAACACAAAACUGAUGGCUCAACUUUCCAGUGUCGGGAGUGCGGCCUCUGCUAUACCUCUCUCCAGUCCCUAACCAGACACUUGUUCAUUGUUCACAAGAUGAAAAAUGCACAGCAAGUUGCCAGGCAAAAUGGUGCCCGGGAGGAGAACCCAGCAGACUGCAAAAUGAGCCUGGACGACAGUCAGGCUGAAAUGAUGCUGACGGACAAAAAGUGCAAAGUUUGCUCCAAAACUUUUGAAACUGAAGCUGCCUUGAAUACACACAUGCGAACACAUGGCAUGGCCUUCAUAAAGUCCAAGCGCCUGUGUACAUCAGAGAAAUGAGGAGCAUUCACUCACAACAUAAUGUCAAACAGUCGAGUUAACUCCAUGCAAAAGAGACUGCUUCAGCUGAGGCAAACACUGCCUGGUUUUACAUGUUUCAACGGAAUGUCAUGUGAAUCCCUCAAACACCUCACCUGUAUAGACUGUUGCUUGUCAUGGCCAGCAUCACUUUUCAGCUGUAGUUUAAUUAACUUAAGAUUUGGAAGUGUUUGUUUUUUGUACAAUUGCAAUACAUAUUUCCUUUUUUUAAAAAAAAACCCUAAAUAAUAGGAGAGCUCUCCUGUCACCACAAAUCUAACUAAUUUUUGAUCAUCAUGUAGUAAGUUGGUCUUCCACUUUGAGAAGCUGAAAGUAUUCACAGAAGUCUUUUUAUAUAGAUAAAAUAGGAAUAGAAUUUCAAUUAACAUGUUAUUGUUAAAAUGUUAUUUAUUUACCCAAUAGCUGGAUUACCCGAGCACUGUCUGUUAUAGAUGAGAAAUUUGCUUCUGAUGGGCCAAAUUAAUCAGGGCUGUAUUGCAACACCGUUGUCCUUUGGUAAGUUGCUUUGUUGUUCAAAUGUUUGAUACACUGAAGAAAAAUAAUUCAUGGAAAUAAUUCCCAGGAAGUUAUGUGUGUGUUGGUGAAUGGAUCUAAUACCACAGGAUUCAAGGAUUUGUGGGCAACCCUUUACUAAUUGUGGUAUGUAUGUAUGUUCAUUUUUACUUGCACUAAUGUAUAAGGGCCUGAUUUUAAUUUCUGAAGCAAAAAUAAGGCAAGUGAGUACUAAAGUGCAUUGAUAAGCCCUUUUACCAUUUCAGUUUCGAUUCUUAGAAAACUGCCAGAAUAUAUCUUAAUCAGCAGAACACAAAAUUUGCAGAGGUUAUCCAACAUUCUGUUUUUGUUUAAGGGAACCCUACUUCUGCAGUACCUUUUUUAAUAUUUUGUUUCCACAGCUCAUUCACAUUACCAUAUCAAGGAUAGUUCAUGACCAGAAAUGACUUAGUACCAACUUCUUUCACUUCAAUCUCCCAAAAAGAAAGAUUUUACCUCAGAAAUGUAAUAUAAUGGGCAUGUUGACUUAGUUGAAGGUACUGAACUAUAAUACAUGGCCCAUAUGUAGAUUGAGGUUUAAAAAAAACUGUUUUGAGGUAAAUAAACCAAAGCACUAUAUAUCUGAUUUCUUCAUUUAUAAAUGUGGAAGGUUGGAAACUGCCCUUGCAGCAUAUUUAGCUAACAAAAUAGCAUACUGUGCAUUAAAAAUUAAUAGGAGCUUUAUUUGUUUGUGCCUGGAAGGUUCCUUAUGAUGCACCCAAGUGCCCCAUUAAUACAGGAUGAGGACCCUUCUGCUCUGUGGCUGUAAAGUUGCACAACCUAGAUCCUUCCUCUUGUGGUAUCAUGCUGGCACCUAGUGGUGAAAGAGCAGAAAAACAAUUAGUAUUUUUUCUCUUUAAAUAACCAGGGGUUUGAGGAAGGAAUAACCUCAGAUUCUUAAAAGGCAUUGUAAAAGAUUAAAAAGGAAACUGUCAGGUGAUACUGGGUUAGGACUAACAUUUUUCAGUGUGCACUUGAAUCCUGCAAGACUGGGCUUUCAAAAUGUUCCUGACAACUGCUCUCCGCUAAUCUGUAAAUAUUUGGCCAGGCCUGGUAAACUUUAUUCUUUUGUUUAGAAAAAGUUUCACUUUUAAAUGCAGAACUAACUACAAUAUUAAGCCUAUUAAGUUGUAAAGCCAAAAUUAAUAUUGGUAAGAACACAGAACAUAAUUUUUUGAAUUAUCAGAAAAGAAUUGCUUAUGUUAAUUAUCUUAAUAUUUAAUUACCAUUGUCUAACCACACUCUUUAUUUUCCUGCAAAUGUUUUUCCUUUAAGUCUAAUCAGAUUUUUCAAGAAUGUGGAGGGUCAUUUGUUAAGUAUAUUCAAAACUUUGUGGAUAUUAAUGGAAUGGAGGGAUAUGGGGUUAAUGCAGGAAUGUAGUGCUGAGGUAAAAGAUCAGCCUUGAUUUCAUUGAACAGCAGAGCAGGUAUGAGGGGUGAAAUGGCUUAUUCAUGCUUCUACUUCUCUGCUAUGGUGAUCUUUUGGCUUGUCUGAUUUCUGCAGGAAGUAAAGUGCAGUUACUGAUAUAAUUACUAACUUCCCAUCUUUAAUUUUUUUCCCCCGAUUCUGUAGUUAUGUGGCUCUGACCCAUGUCCCAUACCUGUGAAGUGAUUUCUUUUGUCCAAUUUGUUGUUGGCUACUAAUGAACACUGAAUCCCAGUUGUGAGGGGUGGGGGGUGGGCUAAGGAAUUUGAUGUGAGACCGAGUAAUAACACUUGGCAUGGCACAACUCUCUGCAAAACCAAAGUUUAACACUUCAGAGGGUACUAACUGGCCCUAAGGAAUUCUCUGUAAGGUGUACAAAUAGAAGAGAAUGCAUUGCCAUGUAAUAUGUCUGAUGUGCAGGUUUAAUUGUUGCCUGAAAUGAUAAACUACAAGUUUAAUUGAUUUGUACAAGUCUUAUCUGAGGCGUGGUUAACAAAGUCCUGGUUAAGUUCCCAAUGGUCUUUAAUGUGGCAUUAAUCAGUAUUACAUUGGCAGUUUCAAAUGGAGGGCUAAAAUUAGCCAUUCAUCUUUUGCUAUGAUAAGAAAAUGUAAUGCAUUGGUGCAGUAGGAGGUAUUUAAAAUAAGAAUAAAAACACACUGAGGAUACUUAGGCAAUGCUUCUCGCUUAUUAGCAUGCAAAUUGGGAUUGCCUGGUGCUGCCCUGUGAGGAAUAAAAGCAAAAUUUCUGAAGAAAUUUAGGAGUAGACUAGAGUAAUAAUAAGUCAGGAUAUAGCAGAUUGUUGCACAUGCAGAACCAUGUGAAUGUGGUUAAAUCCAUUUUGUUUUUUUUAAUAAGUAACUUUAAAUGCCGAAUUCCUGACUUCUAAAUCUGCUUCCCUGAACUCAUUAGUUCACCAGAAUUGUAAAACCACAGUGCUCAGGAAUUUGAACCAACUUGAAAAUAAGAAGAUUAUAGCAGUCUGUUCCUUUUUAAAAACAAAACUAAGUAUGCUGCGUUGCCCGUUGUUCCAAAAUUACUGGAAUUUUCUUAAAUUUAUUUUUGUAUAUUAAAAUUAAAGCUGCAAAUUCCAGAUUCCCCAUUUGUUUUCUGGUAAUUCUGGGCAUAACUGUGGCUUCUGUGUUACUUCCAGUCAGAAAUUCUAGCUGCUCUUGCACCAAGCCUUAAAUUAUAAUGAUGGUAAAACUAGAUUCCAGGAAAUGGGAGCAUUUGGUGCACACUGUAUUUUUCCAUGAUUCCAAUCGAAAUUUAAGCAGUUAGCCAAGCUUGGAAUGUAUUCUCCAACUUUCUUUUAAAAUAGGUAAUGCAACCACUUGAUAAGUAUCAGGAAACUGACGAAAAGCAAAUUACAUUAUUCUGUCCAUUCCCAGUACAGCAUAAGUAAGUCUGCUGUCUGCUAUGCAUUGUUACUGAUCCUUCUGUGUUUUUUUAUUUAUCUAGAUCCUUUCCAAUUUUAGUUAACAGAUUACAAUGCUGGACCCAGUAUAACAACAGACAACUCUUCUUAACCAAUUAACCAACGCCCCGUUUAUGUGAUGGGCUUCCAAUUCCAGUUUGAAUGUCCUUAAGCAAAUUUAAAGAGUGGCAAUUCAGCCAAUUGCUGUAUUUUUAAAUACUGUUACUGAGUGUGAUUCAAAAGGUGAGAUUUAUUUUCAUGUGAAGCAGGACUAAGUGAUAAUUAAAUAUUUAAUGCCAUGGCAUAUUAGCAAUAUCAACAGGUGUUCUGGGCAGUUGAGCUCCUAACAGGUUCACUCUGAUCAACAAGUAAUAUAAAUGACAUUUUUAACAAGGCUACAGUGAUCAGAAAUCAUUAUACAGAAAAAAAUUGCUCCUUGAUUUAUUGUUGUGAAUUGCUCCUCUUGCAAGUCUGAGCUUCUCAUUAUCUUUUUUUUUGAGGGUUUUAUAUCUUGUGUGUUUAGUUCAAUGAAAAUUUUGUACUUUUUUAAAAUGUUUUUUUUUUGUGUAGACUUUAAUGGCAUGAAAGAUGUAGCCAUUGUCUUGUUGCGUUCCUAGGGCGUGUCAUGCUGCUGUCGUUGAUAGUAAAAUUUGUCAGCUGUAAUCUCA